CUGCCGACGGAGGAGGAGUCUCUCCCCUUCGGCGCCGACGGGAAGGUCAACGCUCAGUUCUCAAAACGGAUCCAGGCAAAAAUCAAGGACCUUCUGCAACAAAUGGAGGAAGGGCUGAAGACGGCAGAUCCACAUGACUGCUCUGCCUAUACUGGCUGGACUGGUAUUGCCCUCUUAUAUCUACAACUGUACCGUGUCACGAAAAACCAGAGCCAUUUGCAGCGAUCUCUCGAUUAUGUGAAGAGAAUCCUUCGCAACCUGAAUGGCAGAAGAGUGACUUUCCUCUGCGGCGACGCGGGGCCGCUGGCGGUGGGGGCUGUGGUUUAUCACAAGCUGAAAAAUGACAGCGAAUCUAAAGAAUGUGUUGCCAAGUUGUUGCAGCUCCAAAGGACAGUCAUAAGCACAGAUGCCGAACUUCCAGACGAGCUGCUUUAUGGCAGAGCAGGUUAUCUAUAUGCCUUGCUCUACCUGAAUACUGAAAUUGGUCCAGACACCGUCCCACAGUCUGUUAUCAAAGAGGUAAUAGAUGCUAUUAUUGAGUCGGGGAAGAACUUUUCAAAGGAGGAGCGGAAGACAGACCGUUGUCCUCUGCUGUACCAGUGGCACAGGAAGCAAUACGUUGGAGCAGCCCACGGCGUGGCUGGGAUCUAUUACAUGCUCAUGCAGCCAAUUGCAAAGGUGGACCAGGAGACCCUGGCAGAGCUGGUGAAGCCCAGCAUUGACUACGUGCGUCAUAAAAAAUUCCGAUCUGGGAACUACCCGUCGUCCCUGAGCAACGAGACUGACAGGCUGGUUCACUGGUGCCACGGGGCCCCCGGAGUCAUCCACAUGCUCAUGCAAGCUUAUAAGACUUUUAAAGAGGAUAAAUACUUGAAAGAUGCUAUGGAUUGUAGCGAUGUCAUCUGGCAGAGAGGUUUAUUGAGAAAAGGAUACGGGAUCUGCCAUGGCACUGCUGGCAAUGGCUACUCCUUCUUGUCUCUCUACAACCUAACUCAGGACAAAAAGUACCUCUACCGAGCUUGCAAGUUUGCUGAAUGGUGUUUGGAGUAUGGUGCACAUGGAUGUCGCAUUCCUGACCGGCCCUAUUCUCUCUUUGAAGGCAUGGCUGGAGCUAUUCACUUCCUCUCAGAUAUUUCAGUACCCGAGACUUCCCGGUUUCCAGCGUUUGAACUUGGACCUCAAAGGAGGGAAAACAAAGUGCAACAGGACAGCUAAAAGAUCGUUUUGAAAGGAAACUGAUGCCAAAAGAGAUGAGACUGCUUAGUGCCUCUGAUACUGAACCAACUCGACCCUGAACCGACGGAUGGAUAAAUCCCUUUUCUCCCCCUGCCCCGCCUCAAAGGACCGUGAAGUCAUUAGAGCAUGAACAGGAGAAGCCACAUUUAAGUUCUGUUCAAGUGAUACCUUCAGACGUAGGACCAGAGAAGUCAAGUUUUGAACUUUCUCUCUUCUGUUGUAUUUGUCUUCUUGGGGUCUUUUGACAUGCUCUGCACGUUUAUUGGUGUUGUCUGUUGAUUCCAGUCCUUUGUUGUUAGCAAAAAGCUGGUCUCCGUGUGGAUCCCUGUCCCGUCCCUUCGCGCAUGGCUCGCCACGGCGGCGUCGCUUUCUGCAGCCUGGUUCCCCACAGAGUUCCACCUUAACGCCAGAGAGUUUGCUGCAGGACGCUGCCCAGCUUCACUGGGGAGCUGGUGACUUUCAAAAGAGGUGAAAAACGUUUCUAUGUUCAUAUUUUUCUGUGUUUUUUCUCCGUAGUCCCUAGAAGCUAAGGUGACGGAGAUGAGCCAUUUUUUGAUGAAGAAGUAGGAGCCCAUCUCAGUUUUCAGAAACGCAGCAGGUUGGAAGGGGCCCGACUUGUCUUUUUCCUGCUGUUGUGGGGAGGUUUUUUGGAAAGCCCUUUGAUACCUGCACCUGGUGAGCGUGAUAGGCACUUCCAGCAGGGGUGGAGAUGGUUGUCCCCACCUCUGCAAAGCCCCGUCCCACGGCAGGAGCUUAACAAACUGAAGAUGGAGUCACCCAUACCGACCUCCGAGAGCAGAGCAGAAAAGCCCAAUGUGCUUUUCUCCUCUCCCCUACCUGGAUUUGUAAUCAACGUGUCCUGCAGCACCUAGUGAGGGAGGGCACCAGGGCGGUUUGUCGGUGGUGACACUUGCUUCCUUCUGCCCCACGGGCCCUUCCCUCCCUUUCCUCACCCGGCUGCGUUGAGCACACGCAGUGGGAUGGGGAGUGAUCAAACACCAGCUGCUUCUGGAGGCUGCAGAAGACGUGAAACCAUUGCUAGAGCCUGUCAUUGGAGAGGAUUCCAUCUUAAAAAUCCAAACAGACAAAGCCCUUAGAUUUAACUGUCCUGCUGGCGCUUUGCUUCCCCCUGGCAGCGUUGGUGGGGUUGGGAAAUACUAGACCUGCCUCUAAGUCAUCCUGGGUAUGGAGCUCUUGGUUUGGGAGGAGAAGUGGGACACGCUGUAAGUACACUUCCAGCAGGCUUAUGUAUUCCAGAUAGUGUGUACCCUUCCUGCUUGGGAAAGGUGGGUAAGUGUAACACGUACUCACCGGCUCAGGCUCCGUUGUCCUCCUUCCCCCAGCUUCUCCAUCUCCUUUGUCAUUCCAGGUGCUUAUUGAUGCCUUCUAUCGGGUACAGGUGUGACGGGUGGCAGAGACUUUGACCUUUCAGGCGUGCGUGGGGAGAUCCGUGACCCACGGGACCAUCUCCUGAGCCCCAGUGGUUGAGGGCAAGUUUGGAGAUGCGUCGUUGCUCCUGCAUAUGGUGGCAGGUGACUUCCUUGAACUUCUGUAGCGGCUGUUGCCAAAUCCAUUAGGAUGUUCAUCAUCUCCACACUCAGUUUUGCUGGGGAAGGGCCAGCAAAACAGCAAGAGCCAGGGGACAACUUAAUAUCAUAGUGUAGCUCCUCUGCUGGUUGUUCAGGUAGGACUGAAACACAGAAGGCUUUUCCACCCCUCUUGGCAAAGGGGAGGAGAUGAGUUGAGGGGCACCAAACCCAACCAGGAACGAGGGAAAAUGCUGGAAGGCCAUGGGGCUGAGGGAAGGGGCUGGGGUGAAACAACCGGGAGCGGAGCGGCAGAAAGCGGAGGCAUCGGUGAGGAAGAGGAAGAGGCAACGCAUAGAAUGGACCAGUAGAGGCCAUCUCAAAUGAGAUGUUCCCCCCCAGCAAGCACACUAAGGUCUAAUUCUGUGUUUUGUUUCUUCAGCCUGUGGAAGAUCCUGCCCAUAAAUAAGCCAGGGAGGAAACGGGCCCAGAGUGAAGUCUCUCAGAACUCCUAGCACAGCAGGUAGACACCAACCCUGGUCCUGGUUGACAUCAUCUUGGCCUCUUCUUUCCUUCCCCUCCACUGUGACUGCAGAGCACAUGGAGGGGGGGGGUUUAACAGGGAAGAGGCUCUCCAGGUCUGCAGGAACCGCCUGCAAACACCCAGCAGAGGCCACAGGCCUUCCCAGCAGACCCAAGCCCACGGUGGGGUCACUAGGCAGGUACUGUCACGGGGUUAUUACGUGCCUUCUUGGCUGCUGAGCUUGGGAUGGCACCUGGGGGAGGUGAGUUGGGCUGGUUGGAAUGAAAACUUGCUGGUUUAAAAAAUAUAUAGGUGUCUACACACUUAAAAUGGCUUAAUAUUGAGCAGAGGUCCGUGAUGCACCUGUGGAAAUAAUGAGCAAGGUGGCUUCCCAGCUCCUUCCAUACCCCAGCCAGCCUUCUGCUGCCCUGGGGCCUGGCAGCAGCUUUCUCCACAGAAUCCUCUGGGAAUUGAGAAAGGCUGGAAAGUUAACAUUAUGGAGCCGGGAAGCACCUGCCUCAUCUUCCUCAUGUGACUUCCCCCCGUGGCUCCCUCCUCUCCGUUCCUCACAGCGCCGUGGGCUCUAGGUCGCCCAGUAAGAAAGGUGAAAAAAAAAAAAAAAAAUACACAUUUCACCAAGGCGUCAUUUCCAGGAAUCACCUCGAACUAAAAAUGUGGAAAAAAUGUCUUAAUUCUUCCCCGGUUUGCUUUGUCCGUGUGUGAUAGUCCCAUCUGUUGCAAAAAAGCAGUAGUGUUAAAAAUGGAGAUGCUCUUCGGGCAGAAAAAGAGGAAAAAAAAAAAAAAAUAAUGCUGAUGUUUUGUUCUUUGGCUUUAUUAGUAAAGAUCAAGCUGUGUGGUGGAAA